UUCUAUGGAUGGACGAUCCAGAUCUCCUCACUGAAGUCCCAGAUGUUCUGAAAAGACUGGCUAGAGUGGUAGCAAGAGCUUUUUACACUCACGUUGACGUGGUGAUCGUUGACGCUCUUGUUCAUCACACGUGCGUUAAAGAAGAAGACCUCUUAGACCUUCUGUUUCUGGACAAACGAAUACUAAGCCGAUCAUUGAUCUCACUAAAAAAGGACAAACUAGUCAAAGGUAUAACUCGUACAGAACCAACAGGCAUCAACGGAAGACCUCAGAAAUAUAGUUUCUUCUUCAUAAACUAUAGAUCGUUUGUCAAUGUUGUCAAAUACAAACUCGAUAAGAUGCGAGAAAAGAUCGAGAAUGAAGAAAAAAUGGCAAAGCAUCGCCAGUUCUAUCAGUGUCCUCGGUGUGAGUCAGAAUUCGGUGAUCUCGAUGUGAUACACUUGUUUGAUUCAAUGGAUGGCAACCUCAAGUGUAGCCACUGUGGAGAGGUGCUGGUUGAAGAUGAAAACCGAGCCAAUCCAAUUAAUGCAACAUCAACUGUUUCACGACUAAAUGAACUUACACGUCCAAUCAUGGAACUCAUUCGCCAAACUGAAAACAUGAAACUUGCCCCAGAAGUUCUUGAACCAGAACCAGUUGUCAUUCAACAUUUGAACGUUCGGCGUAUGAAGGAUGCUAGACGGCUAACCCAGCCUAUUGCUGGGGAAGAGAUGUGGGGGAAAAGUAGAACACCAGGACUGAAUGUGAUCCAUCAAGGAGUUGCUGUUGAGUUUAUUAGUGGAGAGGCAGCACGGAAUCAAAUGCCUGGUAGAGAGCAGCCUGAUUGGAUGGUCAGAAGUACUGUCGAUUCAUUGAGCAAUGACCACUCAAACCAGGCUGCUGCUAGCAGUGUCUCAAACUUGGGUGUGGACGAUGGCAACCUAUUAUAUGAGACAAGAAAGUCGAAGGCAGAAAAGAAACGUGCAAAACGUCAAUAUGGUGAAAGCAUCAUGGCUGACCUUGCUGCUUACGAAAAACCAUCAAAGAAACGAAAGACGAAUUUGCCUGGUGCAUCUUUAGCUGGACAACAAUCAAGCUCUGACAAUGAAGCAAGCACUAGUGAGGAAGAAAUAGACAAACCUUUGGGUCUUUCCAGUAAGCGACCUGCUCCAGGAGAAGUAGCAGCUGCAGCUGCUCUUACUGUGCAACAACCUCAAGCUCUUGUCACAGAAGAGGCAAACAUCGAUGACGAAGAAGACGAAGAAGUGACGCUAAAGGUUGGAGAUCGAGUUGUUGCCCUCAGUGACGUUACAGAUGAGAUGAUUGCAGAGAUGACAGCAGAGGAGAGGGAGACCUAUGAACGACUAGCACGGGAGGCUGCAGAAGACUUUUUCUGAUUGGAACUUUUGUUAUACAAAGUCAACAUGGCAUGCAACACACAGAACCGUAUUCUGGAGUUCUGUAUAUACAUUAGUAAUGACAAUGUAUAAAUAAUGACAGGUAUGCAUGUGGAAAUCCUCACUGCUGAGUAUUGCUAUUCAGCAAUGAACAUUGUAUAGUCGAGGCAUGCUGAUGUCAUGUAAGUAGUGACUGAGAAUGAAAGGCAACAGACAUGAGGUGACUGUUGCAGUAGUUUAGAA